AUGAAGAAGAAGGCCAGCACUGGGGAGAGUAUUCUGCCCAGAACUGGCCCAUAUGUAGACCUGAGUGAGACUCAUCAAAAGUUGCCGUCAGCUCCCCCGAAACAGAGCUUGUUUCGGGUUUCCCCACCAGAGGUGGUAUUUCAGGACUUCGUCCCUCAUGAGGUCUCUGAGAUGUCACUGUCUCUCAUUAAUAAAGGCAAGACUCCUCAGGUGGUGAAGGUCUCCAUGGAGAGCUCACCUUACUUCCAACUCAUGGGCUCCAACGAUGCGUACCGUGUUGUGCUGCCGGGCGCGUCUGCCCCUGUGCGCAUCUGCUUCACCGCCAACAAGAACAAGGAUUAUUCCCAUAGACUCAUCUGCACAACUGCAAGGGAAAGGAUAGUUGUGCCAAUUCGGGCCAUCGGUGCCCGAGCCAUCCUGGACUUCCCUGACCAGCUGGACUUCUCCACGUGUCCGGUCAAGUACAGCACCCAGAAGACUCUGUUAGUUCGCAAUGUUGGUAACCGGGCAGCUCGUUACCGUCUGAGCACCCAGAGGUACAUGCACAGGUGUGAAGAAAGUAUCAAGACAAACCUCUGCGGAGAAGCUGUAGAUGUCAAUGUUGGGUUGAGCACAAAUUCCAUGGAGUUUGAGAAGGCUUUCAUCACCACAUCAAACCACACCACUGUGUUCAUUGAAAACAAAAGUAACAUCACAGCCCACUUCCAGUGGAAGACUUUUCCUACUGAGGAAGAUGAGAAUGAAGAGAAGAAGAGUGUCAUCUGCCUGACCCUCUGGAGCCAGGGCCUCAUACAGUUCUGUCAGGGCACCUGGGUGAAACUGAUUAAUCAAGGAGCUAUUGAUGCUCCCUUCACCUAUAUCCCUUCAACCACAAAUCUGGACUACUGCUUCAAGUUUGAGCCCAAGGAGGGCAUCAUUGCAGCAGGUGGGACCCAGACUAUCCAGGUCUCCUUCAGUCCCACCAUGUUGGGGUGCUUUGAGGAAGAAUUCCACUUCAAUGUGGCUGGAUCUCCUAUUCCUGCAAUCCUGACCAUCAAGCCCAGGGAGAAGACUCCUCCCCACAGAGCUGGCCAGCCCAGCCAGAUGUCCACUGCAGAGCAGGUUGUGGCUGCUCUCCGGGCUCUGCAGGACAUCCCCAGCAUGUGUGGCUGUAUCUCUGGCUUUCCCUACACCCAGCACUGUCGCCUCACUAACAACUCCGUGGUGCCCGUGACGUUCAAGCUCCGCAUGUCGGACGAUGGCACGCAGCCGGCCGUUGAUAGUAUUGAUCAAAUACGCCGCGACGGUGACCUGUCCUGGAGGAAGGGAAUUAAUUUUUAUAUGGAGCCAAGGGAGUUCACAAUGAAUCCCAGACAAGGGACCAUCCUUCCCCAGGGACACCAGGAUAUCGAGGUGACCCUGUGUUCCAACACCGUGAUGGAAUUCUACAGGAAAAUGCUGGUGGACCUGGAGGGUAUUGGCACGGAAGUGGCAUCACUGGUCAUCACAGCCAGAUGUCUCGUUCCUGACCUGCAAGUGUACCCUGAAAUCCUGUUCUACGAUGAGUGCCACCUGAAGGUGCCAUACGAGAGGAAGUUCCUUGUUGCAAAUAGCACCCAUCUUCCUGGCUGCUACGGGCUUAUUCCUCAGAAACGCAAGGAGAACUCUCCCAUGUUCUACUCCAGCCCCAAGCCCUGUGGGAUUGUCCAGCCUCACAGCUUUGCAGAGAUCCCAGUUAUAAUCGAAGUCCAAACACUGGGCAAGCAUCGCACCAACGUUCUUAUCGGCGUGUUCGGGGAUGAGAGAAACCCACGGGGGAGUGCAAGGGGAGAUGUCCUCAUUCCCUGUAUACAUCGGUUCAGAGUAACAAACCGGGGCUGCCGUUUCCAUCGGCUCUCCUGGAGCGUGGGAUGCUGCAGCCCACCUGAGGAGGAGGAGGGCCAGAGUGUCUCAGCCCUCAGUAGCCCCAAGGAUGAUUCCCAGAGUCCCAAACUUGCCAACCCCGUGUUUGGGCUGGAGCCACUGUCGAUGGAGCUGAAGCCAGGCCAGUCUGCGGACAUGGUGCUGCGAGGCUUCUCCCGCAUCGCACAGGAGGUGCAGAAUCAUGUGAUGUGUGAAGAUGAAUUAGGGACAGGCAUCAGGACAGAGAAGAUAAAGAUAAUAGAAACAGUCCUUACCUGCAAAUAUAUUGAUCCCUCUAUAGAAGUGUCAGCCAGACAUUUCACUUUCCGCGUGGAGAAGAAACCCGGUGACAUCCUGACUCUGCAGUACCAGCCUUUGUCUUUAAAAAACACCUGCCUGGUGCCACUGGACCUUAUGCUGGACUUGGAGCAGCCGUUCAAGAAAUGAACCAUGCUGGGGUGACUUUGAACAUUUACUGUUUUGUGCUGUCAGACCUUGAGACAUUCUCCCACAGGCGAUUAAUUACUGCUCAUCUCCUUGCAGCCUGUGAGAGUGGAUGUAGGGGAGACCUGUCAUCUCUACAUUGCAUUUGACCCAGCUUAUGAACUGGAAUUUAAGAGCUGGAAAAAAGAGAAGAUGCUGAAGAUAGACAUGGUCAGGGGCCAUCCUUUUGUGGAGCAUAUCGUCCUUUGGGGAGAAGUGCACUUCCCAAAUCUCCAAAUCCAGCCCAGCACCCUGGAGUUUGGCUGCAUCCUGCCUGGCACUGAAGAAGUGCGUUCUCUGGAGAUGACCAACUGCAGCCCACUUCCCGUCCAGUACCACUGGUCAUUCCAUUCAGACAGCGGAGAAGUGCACUUCCCAAAUCUCCAAAUCCAGCCCAGCACCCUGGAGUUUGGCUGCAUCGUGCCUGGCACUGAAAAAGUGCGCUCUCUGAAGAUGACCAACUGCAGCCCACUUCCCGUCCAGUACCACUGGUCAUUCCAUUCAGACAGCCAGGUGAACAGGUUGAGCAUGAUGGCUUUCAGUAUCGUGCCACUGUCAGGUGUGCUGCAGCCAGGAGAGAGCCAGCAGGUCUCCUUCACCUUCUCCGGCCACCUCAACACCAUCGCCCGUGUGAAGGCGCUGUGCCACGUGGAGGGAGGCCCCACCUAUGAGGUGCUGGUGACCGGGGAGACCUCAUGUGCCAGCUACUCCCUGAGGCCCCGGCAGAUCAGCUGUGGCUUACAGAUGUUUAAUGAAAUUCAUCACAGCAAUGUCACCCUGGAGAACACUGGCAAGACUGAAUUCAGCUGGGUGCUAAACUCUAGCCCUGCAGACCAGCAUCUGCCUGGUGUGUUUCUGGUCAACCCCACCACUGGCUCCAUUGCACCUGGCGAGAAGCAAGUGCUGGAAUUCUCUUACCUACCAGGAUUACCAGGAGCGUUCAGCAGGACUUACCAGCUUACAGUGGGUGACCUGGACCCGGAAAAUAUCUGCCUGAAAGGAGAAGCUUCCUUUCCCAUGAUCAGUGUCAACCUGCCCUGGAACAUCAAAGGAAAUGAAAAAUAUGAGAAGCCAGUGAAACAGCCCAUAAAACCCCUAAAACAAUACAGUCAGAGGAAAAAAUCAGUCAUUUCUAAGAAGACUCAGAGCCUGAAGACUGAGACCUUGACGUUUCAGACCCCAAAAACUCAGACUCCAAAGAAACUGAUUCCGAAGACUCGGAACCUGCAGCCCUGCGUGCCUGGCUCUGACACUCCACCAAACACUCAGCUGCAGAUGAACACGGUGAGGAUGCUGAUAGAGAAGGCUGCUCUGGAGCUGCAGGAAAAGUUCACAUCCCAUCCCCCAAAGACCAGGUUCCCUGACAAGCAGCUGUGCCAGAACCUUGUCAAAGUUGAGCUGCCCGAGUAUGUCCUGGACAUGGGUGCUGUCCGUAAGGGUUAUACUGUGAAAAGCACUCUGGAGAUCACCAACCCUGGGCAGAUGCCAGUGUCCUUCCACGUUGAUCUGUCUGGCCUGCAGGACACAGGUUUCAGCAUGGACCUGGACAAGGUGCAGGGCCUGCUCCACAGCUACACCAAGACGUUUGACGUGCGCUUUGAAAGUGCCCGGCAGCCACGGGGUGACGUGGAUGUGCUGCUGCCCGUAGAGGUGACAAAAGGCCCCACAUAUAACAUCCGUCUCCGUGCCAAUGUGUCUGAACUGUCACUCGAGCUCUCCAAGACCACUCUGCACUUCUCUGCUAUCCUUGUUGGGCAGUGUAAGGUUGAGACAAUCCGUCUCUACAAUUGGUUCCGAGUACCCUGCAAAUGGUCCAUCAAGUCUGUUCUGAAGAGCAAUCAGUACAAAUACAUGACACCAGCCGUACGUAAGAAGCUCCAGGCACUGAUGAAUGAGCCCUGUCCCUUCGAAGUGAAGCCCUCCAAAGGAACCCUUCCUGCAGGAAGGUGGCAGAAUCUGCAAAUCCAUUUUACACCCAAGGAAGAGAAGUCUUACAAGAAUGAGCUGGAGCUUAACAUUCGUGGGAGUAGCAAUCACUUAAAGCUGCACCUGUCAGGACAAGGUCUGCAGCCACGGUUGGAGUUCAGCCCCCCAGCACUAAAGAUGGGAUGGGUGCUGGUGGACAGCCGUGGGGUGGAGGCCACAGUGGUGGUGAAGAACCCAUGCAACUUCCCCAUUGAGUUUUACUCACUGGAUUUGGAUGAGCAGUACCUUGAGGAGGAGAAGACCAAGAAUAAACGAGCCUCUGGGGAAAAAAUCAACAAGAAGUAUGCCAAAGGCAAGAACCUUCCAGCACAAAAGAAGAAGGAGCCAGCCAGCAAACCCAACAUAAAGGACACAAGGCAGCUGAACAUCAUCAGCAGUCGUGGGGAAGAGCUGAACUGCUUGAGCUGUGUGCUGCCUGAGGACCUGCUGGUGGACAUCCUCAGUGAGAGGCUGAAGUGUAAAGACUGCUCCAAGGGAGUGAUCUUUGAUGGCUUGGAGAGCCUCUUUGCAAGCAGCCUGGAAUCUUCUCUACUCUGUGUACUCAGAGCUGUCAAGAGUUGUCAUCAUAUCUACAUGGUGAACCUGCAUCAGGAUUAUGCUUCUUGGAAAGCCAAGGAGGAAGCUAAAAGGAAGAGGAAGGAAGCUGAAAGAAAGAAGGAAGAACUGAAGCAGGAAGAAGCUAUGCAGAGAAACAUAGAAAAUGUCUUGCAAAAGGAUGAGGACAAGUAUGAUGCUCUCCCUGAGGAGAAGAAAGCAGAAGUGGAUAAAACAUUACUGGAAAGGAAGAGUAUAUGCAGGAUGGGUGCAGUUGCUGCCAGUGCCCAGCAGAUGGCAGUGGGGUCUAAGCACCAAAAGAACUUUUUGAUGCCUCCACGUGCCGUGGGUGAGACGCUGCCCCCAGAGGUGCUGGAGGACUAUGAAGCACAGAAGAGGCCAGAGGCUCAACAGGCAAAGCUCAAGGCCGUGGCAGAAGCCAAGGCCAGGGCUGAGGCUGACGUCAUGGGCAAGACCAUGGGCAAGGCAGCAGCAGGUGAAAAGCCUCAGGUUGCUGCUCAGACCAAGAAUAAACGAGCCUCUGGGGAAAAAAUCAACAAGAAGUAUGCCAAAGGCAAGAACCUUCCAGCACAAAAGAAGAAGGAGCCAGCCAGCAAACCCAACAUAAAGGACACAAGGUGUAAAGACUGCUCCAAGGGAGUGAUCUUUGAUGGCUUGGAGAGCCUCUUUGCAAGCAGCCUGGAAUCUUCUCUGCUCUGCAUACUCAAAGCUGUCAAGAAUUGUCAUCAUAUCUACAUGGUGAACCUGCAUCAGGAUUAUGCUUCUUGGAAAGCCAAGGAGGAAGCUAAAAGGAAGAGGAAGGAAGCUGAAAGAAAGAAGGAAGAAGCUAUGCAGAGAAACAUAGAAAAUGUCUUGCAAAAGGAUGAGGACAAGUAUGAUGCUCUCCCUGAGGAGAAGAAAGCAGAAGUGGAUAAAACAUUACUGGAAAGGAAGAGUAUACAGACAGAGGGGGAGCUGAAGCGGUUUUCUGAAAAGCUUGAGGAGCAGGCAAAAGCCUUAGAGGAGGAAGAGAAGCGGAAGGAGGAAGAGAAGCAGAAGAAGGAAAUGAAGGGUGUCUCCUUGGGGAAGCAGCCUGCAAAACAAGAGAAAAAGGAAACCGAAGCCCCAGAGAAGGAGGAAACAAAAAUCCCAGAGAAGAAGGAAACCGAAGCCCCAGAGAAGGAGGAAACAAAAAUCCCAGAGAAGAAGGAAACCGAAGCCCCAGAGAAGGAGGAAACAAAAAUCCCAGAGAAGAAGGAAACCGAAGCCCCAGAGAAGGAGGAAACAAAAAUCCCAGAGAAGAAGGAAACCAAAUCUCCGGGGAGGAAGGAAACCAAAACCCCAGAGAGGAAGGAAACCAAAACCCCAGAGAGGAAGGAAACCAAAACCCCAGAGAGGAAGGAAAGCACAGCCCCAGAGAAGGGGCCUGCAAAACAAGAGAAAAAGGAAACCGAAGCCUCCUUGGGGAAGCAGCCUGCAAAACAAGAGAAGAAGGAAACCGAAGCCCCAGAGAAGGAGGAAACAAAAAUCCCAGAGAAGAAGGAAACCGAAGCCCCAGAGAAGGAGGAAACAAAAAUCCCAGAGAAGAAGGAAACCAAAUCUCCGGGGAGGAAGGAAACCAAAACCCCAGAGAGGAAGGAAAGCACAGCCCCAGAGAAGGGGGCACCCAAAGCCCCAAAGAGGGCACCCAAUGCCACAGAAAAGGGGGCACCCAAAGCCCCAAAGAAGAGAGGAACCAAAGCCCCACAGAAGAGGGAAACAAAAGCCCCAGAGCAGGGAGAAGCCGAAAUCCCAGAGAACCCAGCUGAGAUGGAGAACUUGAUCCUGAGAUUUCAGAUCUAUGAGUCAUCACAGCAGGACAUCGCACAGGUUUUCUCCUACUGGGACAGGGUUCAGGGUACCGUGCAGUUACCUGUGAUCCAAAAGGGAAACAAGUCCCAGCCUUCAGCUGAAAACAAAGAUCAGAAGACCAGUAAGCCUCAGGAGAAGCCUGAACACAAACGUGGAGGCCAAAGGAGUCUUCAGUUAUGUCAGCAGGGGACUCAAAGCAAAGUUGCAGAAGGGGCUGUCAGAGACGAGCACGUCGGGGUGCCGUGCCUGGACAUCCAGGUCACAGAUCCGAAGGCCAUGAUUAAGGAGAUCCUGAGGGAUGGGAAACUGCCAACGGAAGACCAGAUGCUGAAAUAUCUGGAACUGUAUCCCGACGGCCCUCCCCUUCCCCCUGCUGCUGUGCUCUCCAUAGUCGAGUACCCAGUGAAGAGGCUGGGCUCUGCAAAGCGUGGGGGGCGCUUCACCAUUGUGCCACCUGAAGGUGCUGCCAUGGAAGACAAUCUGACCAAGGCCCCACAUGCAAGGGGCAGUUCUGCCAAGGGCCGACCAAAGACAGCUAAAGCAGCCAGCAGAGACAACUCUCUGGAGAAGCAGAUCUCCACACAGAGAACAGAAAGUCCCCGGGUCUCCUCUGCAAAAAGAUUCAAAAGUACACUGGAAAGUGCCUCAAGCCCCACAGAAUUCCUCAGGGUGGUGUUUCCACAGUGGAGGGAGACCGUGGAGGAAGAUGAAGUCAUCUUCAAGGAAUAUGUUGAGAGCACAAAGCAAUUCCACUUUGGACCGCUGCUGUGUGGGAAAUCAAGAGAGUGGUACAAGGCCCAGAACUGUCCUGGCAACUCAGAGAAUAUCACCAUCCUCAACAAUUCCCCUGCGGAUGUAGAGGUCCAGUUCUCCUUUGAGAAUGCUGGGGAAGCAGAGACGUUCCUUCUGGACCCUCCCAGCAUGACACUGAAACCAGAGGAGAAGCAGAAGCUGACCAUUUGGGCAUACCCCACUUCCCCUGGCUUCCUGGAAGACAAGCUCAUCUGCAGCAUUGGGAAGAACCCAGACCCAGUGGUCUUCAGCCUGUGCUGCCAUGGGGUGCCCAUGAAGCUGGAGGUCAGCCCCCGGGAGCUGUCUUUUGACAAACUGCUUCUGCACAGGACUGACAGCAGGACCUUAGUCCUGAGAAACAAUGGCCUGCUGCCCAUGGCCUGGCAGCUCAAUGGGCUGGAUGACCUUGUUGAGGACUUCUCCUUGUCACAAGAUAAUGGCACCAUUGAUCCCCACUCAGAGUUUGAAGUGACACUGUAUUUCAAGGCUGGGCAGAUUGGCAGCAUUGAGAAGACCCUCCGACUAGAGGUUUCAGAUACAGAAAACAUCCUGGGGAUUGCUCAGGCUGAAAACAUCGAAAUCUCUGCAGAGGUCUAUGAUGCUUCUCUGAGCAUUGACAUGCCUGAAGGUCCAGAUGGAAGCUUGGAAUUUGGAACCAUUAAUGUCCUGGAUAAUGUGAAGAAAGUCCUGAGUCUAAAGAACAAAGGGGUAUACAACAUUGAGUACAGUUUCACACUGAAGGGUACAGAUCCCAGCAUGCAAGACUUGGCAUCCUGCUUCACUGUUGAGCCUCAGUCGGGUGUGGUAGUUGCCUCCCAGCCUAUUGUGAAUGUUGAGAUACUCUUCCACCCCACAAGUGAAAUGCUCCUCAAGAACAAACCCAUCCUGUACUGCCAGGUGAUAGAUCCCAGCUCAGGUGAAGGAGACCAGGCUGUCACCAACAUCCCGCUGAGGGUGUCGGCCAAAGCAGAGUACAGCAAGUACAGCAUUGUGCCUGCCUCACCCACCGACUUCGGUACCAUGGUCAAGGGCACCAAGAAGACCCGGGCUGUUGUGCUGGAGAACAAAGGCAUGCUCGGCUUCAACUUCCACAUCCGCCAAGAAUUCGUACACCCAAGCGCUCGCAGCAAGAGGGGAAAUGCCGUGCUGCGCUUCAAGAGGCUCCGGCUGGGGGAUUCAGAGAUCCUGCCCCUGGUCAUCCGUAAUGAUGGCACCAUUUCUGUCAAGUUUAUGUUACGCCUGGAGGAUGAGCAUGGAGCGUUCUUCUUGCAAGGCAAGGUCUCCACAGUCAAGAUAUUCCGCAGUGGAAAUGUGAAAGAGGACUCAGUUGGAAACGGUCUUCUCUUAGCAAGUCGCAGGAAGUUCUUCUGGACAUGUUUAAAGCUAUGCAACACAGGGAAGGUAGCCCUGGAAUACUACUGGGAGGAAGCUGCAGGGAGUGAAGCAGUGAAGAUGCCACAAUCAACUGCUCUGACAAGUCAGUUCCUCUCCUCUGAAACUUUAAGGCAUUACAGAAAGCUGCUGCAUCGUUUUGGAUUGCAGCAGGAGCAUCCUUUUGAAACUCAUUCUUCUGAGCUGGAGCAGCUGCAGCAGCUUGCCAAGCAGCAGCAGGAUUCCAAGCAGCCGCAGCAGCCUGAGCAGCAGGACCAUUCCAAGAAGCUACGCCGCUCAAAGUGUGAUGGUUCCUGCCUAGAAAUCUUCCCAGAUGUCAUCCCUGACCUGCCACUGUUCUCCAUCAAGCCCUACCAUGGCAUCCUUGCUCCUGGCCAGAAGCAGACCUUUUAUGUGCGGUUCUCCCCGAAGCGCGUGGGGAUGUUUAAGACCACCCUGCUGUGCAGGUUUCCUAACCUGGAGCUGGCUCAGAAGAUAGGGCAGGUGACUGUGAAAGGCAGAGCCCUGGAGCGGAAGAGUCUUGCUAAACAGAGACGCUCUGCAUUAGAGCAGACAGAGAAAGACCAGGGACUCAAGAAGCAGGUGCUCUGGAAACCAGCAUCCGAGGGACAGUGUGUGUGUCAGCUGGAGCCUCCUGCAGAAGCCACCAACAUCGUGCCUUCUGCGGAUGAUGGUCUCCCACCCUUCACCAGAGCCCUCCACAGCUACCCUUCCAAGCUUCAGUGA